UGGUGACAAGUUAAUAGAAGUGAUUGGUUUGGAAAACUGUCUACAUAUGGGACAAGUAAGAACUGGUCUUCGAGCAUCAGGCCGGCGGCUGGCACAGUGCAGCUCCAUCACGUUGACCACGAAGAAGACAUUCCCCAUGCAGAUCGAUGGAGAACCCUGGAUGCAGCCACCUUGUAAGAUAAUGAUAACCCAUAAGAACCAAGUUCCGAUGCUGAUGGGACCAGCUCCAGAAAAGGGCAGAGGAUUCUUCAAACUCUUCACUCAUUGCUAACUUAAUUUACAACCUUUCUACUUUCUCAAUCUACUGGUUUACGACUCACUUCUAUAGUUUACAAUCACUUCUGUACUUUACGACUCACUUCUGUACUUUACGACUCACUUCUGUAAUUCACAAUUCAUUUUACAACUUCUUAUAACGUUUUAUUUAUUGAUUGAUCAAUCGUUUGUUAAAUUGCCGAUUUACUCUUCGACCGAAAUGUGUUCAUUUUCCUGAAUUUUAUUGAUUGAUCAAUCGUUUGUUACAUUAACAAUUUAUACGUCGACCGAAAAUUGUUUAUUUUCCUCUUUAUUAAUUAAUUAUUAUUUUAUAAAAUAAUAUUUUUAAUCCAAUCAAUCGAUUACAUAAUCAUUCAAUCAAAAAAUUAUUAAACCGUCUAAUGGUUUACUGAAGAUUCAUAAAUAACAAAGUACUUUGGAGCAAAGAUUUUACAACAAUAAUAAUAUCAACUUAUUAUUAAUAACAAUAAGGUCAAAUAUUACUCGUAUUUUCUGACACAGAUUUGGUAAAAAAAAAACUAUUGAAAAUAAAAAUAAAUCUUUCAUAUUUUUCCAUACAAAGAUUUGAUAUAUAAUAUCUCAUUUAUUGGAUCUUUAAUUGAUAUAUAAUUAUAAUUUAUUUUUAAACAAUAUUAUGUGUAAUUUCAUAAAUAAUUUCGCAUAAUUGUAUAUUUAUGAAUAUUAAGGCUUUCCGUGCUUCAAUUUUUGGUCAAAUUCAACUAAAAUAUAAACAAAACAAAUUGUGGAUAGAGUUAUAAUUUCUGUGUGCUGAAAAUAACUUCGCAUAAACAAAUAAAAUUUACGCUACGAACUCACUUCGCGAUUUUCCCACGCGCCCACCGCGGUCGCGGAAUAGAGAUUUAUUUUCAAAACCCACGAGACUAUAGUUUUCUGUAGACUCGCAGCCGCCGCGAUUGCGAUUCAUCAUCAUCAUCAUCAUCAUCAACAGCCUAUAAAUGCCCACUGCUGAG